GGCUUUCAGAUGUUCUCUUCACUGAAUUACAGCAGUGGUUGCAGAGGACACCGAAUAAGGACAUCAAUAUCAUCAUCUUGCAAGAGACACACUGGGAUUUUAGCGGAGAUUGGUCCACCCAGGAGUGGCAUUUUUGCCACACGACAUCACAGCGCAAGGGAAGUGGAGGAAUUUUAAUCGGGAUACGAAAGGUGCUUGCCAAUGCACAGCAGAUCCGAUGGCAUGAAGCGGAGCCGGGCAGAAUUCUGCAGGUCAGAUGCUUUCUUGACAAGCAACAGGUCGAUAUCGUGGGGGUCUAUCAGUUUGCUUUUCUGCAAAAAGCUGGGAUGUCCGAGACCAUCCUGGAUCAGAGGAGACGGCUUUUGGCUAAGAUUGAUAAGCUACUGGCAUCGCUGCCGGUCAGAUCGCAACUGAUCCUAGGAGGGGACUUCAAUGUCACCCUGACCCCGAUGAGCAGAAUCGCUGGUUACGGUUUGCUGCAGAAGGAGUUGUCGGAGAAAGAGAAGGCGGACCAGGAUCUGUUAAUGCGACUGCUCCAACGGCACAAGCUGUCGGCGCUCAACACGUGGUCCAAGAAGGGCACCGCUGCCACAUACUUACACGCCAAGGGCAGGAGUCAGAUCGACUAUGUGUGCGCCAGGCAAGCCGUAUCUGACGGGAAUGCCAAAACAGCGAAACCUGUGGUGACGGCGAUGGCAGGCUGGAGAACCACGGGUCAUCUCCCCCUGGUGGGUUCAAUCCCACAUCGAUGGACGCCAUGGGCCAAGCAGCAUCGAGAAGGAAGGGCGGAGCCCAAGGCAGGGCCCGAUCUCCCACAGUUGGGCUCCUGGACGUCAGAGAACCGGCCAUGUGGAGUCAGAGAGCUUCGCGAGGCAGUGUCGCGCGCGGGUGGAGAAGCGCCGGAACGGCUUGUUCGGCCGGAGCUUGCGCCGGUGACUGAUGAGAUCAAGGGGUGCUGGAAACUACGAAGAAGGCUGCAGAAUGUGCAAACGUUGCUUGGUGCUGGCAUGGUCUUUGUUUUUAGGUACUUUAAGCUUCGCAUUGCUUACAUGAGAGCGCACAGGCAUCUUAAGAGGGCCCUUAGAGCACGCAAACGGAGUCGAACAUUGGCUCUGCUCCAACAAGCAGAGACGGCAGCCUCGAGGCAUGAUAUGCGUGGUCUGUUCGGAGUGAUCAACUUGCUUUGCCCUAGAAAGGGAGUACAGCGUAUCAGACUUCGGGAUGAUGAGGGGCAUCUGAUGAACGGCCUGGAGGAAUGUAAAGUCCUCGCAGCUUAUGCCCGGGAGCUUUUCAUGGCUUCAAAUAGUCCCAGGCUUCCGCUGCUACGCAUCCCAGAGGAGAUACUUGACAUUCGAAAAUGGCAUCAGGCAGCCUCGAAGCUCAAGGCGGAGAAGGCAGCCCCGAAUGCUACCCCUCCACUUCGUAACUGGAAACAGCACAGCAAACUCAUUGUCCCUAUACUCCAUGCACAAGCAGUACAUCAUUUAUGCAGUGAUGAACCUCAAAUUCCUGGAGAAUGGACGGAGGUGCAGCUAGCCUGGUUGGCGAAGCCGGGAAAGUGUCCCAGCAAGCCCUCCAACUUGAGGACCGUGGGACUCAUGGCGGGUGAUACCAAGAUGUUCAUGACUGUCUUAAAAGAGGCGGUGCAGGCUGAAAUCAUGCAGGGCCUAUGGGAUAUUCCGCAAUUUGCGUACCGAAAGAUGGCUAGUACAACGGAUGCCCUGCUCAGGGGCAGUCUCCAUUGCAUACAGGUGCGCGCUCUGGCAGGCCAGGUCAACACAGAUGUUACCACUCGACUGCUUACCGGGGCUCUUCCUGAACUUCAGGGGGGAUUGAUGAUUAGCUUGGAUUUGGCCAAAGCCUUUGAUUGCAUGCCUUUUGGAGUGAUGUAUGAGAGCUUGAGGGAGGUCAACUUUGACAAGUCCAUGGCUGUCCUUCUACUACGUGGAAGCGCCGCGACAGGGAUUAAGCAGAGGUUUGUCAAGUGGGACAGGUUGCCGAUUCAUGAUAAAAUGGACUAUCUAGGGGCCACUCUGUCUUAUGGAGCGAUGGAGAUGCAGACCCUGCAGUUCAGAGCAACAAAAGCAUGGGCGAAUUACACCAAACUCAGGUUUUACGACGUGCGGAUCUUGCCCCUGCCGAGCUAUUGCAUCAACUACUACAAGGCGCUACAAGAAGAACAGAAGGCACCACCGCGGCCUCCCACGGGGUCGAGAACACUGGAGGCCAAAGACAUUGCCAAGUACCAGACCAAGUGCAUUCUUUGCGCGCAGAUGGUGAAGGUCUUGGCUGUUCGCAAACUCUACUCGGAGGGCACUCUUGAUCUUCAUCUGCACUCCAGGCGGGGACCAGCUCUCAAACAACACGAGAAGGAGAAGCAGUACAUGAAGGUGGAACGCAUAGGCAUUAAGGCGAUGCUAUGUGGGCAUGCAUCCAAAUCUGCGCCGAGCGAGGCUACCACGACCAAGCCGGCGACCCCUCCUACCUCGGAUCCGUCCUCAGAGCUCUUGGUCAACAUGGCGCAGGGGGAUGCACCAGGAGCGAGCAGCUCCAUUGGCCCCGGCAGGUCAAACGGCUCUGCGGUGGCCGGAACUCGAUCAGUCAGGCUACACAAUCCACAUAACCUGUGCUAUAUGAAUGCUGGGAUCUUGGCGUUAGUGCAUGCAUUGAAGGACACGGACCUCCCUCGGGGACUACGACAGCUCCGAGAUGCCGCCAUCGAUGGGCAACAGGGCAAUGGCCUCAACCUUGCAACGCAUUUCGGGCUUAGAGCACUUUUCAGAGGAUGGACACUGGAAAACAGGCAGAAGGACGCUGCAGAGUUCACGGGCUUCCUACUCAACAAGGUAGGCUUCGGACACAUGUCGUGGGAAUCUAGGGUGAUGGGAAGGGGAGUCCACCAAGUGAUGGACGCAGGAACAGGCAUGCUGUACUUGGACCUGCCCCAUGGCGACGGUGACCUUCAAGAGCUGGUCAGUGCAUGGUCGUAUCAGGCACACACACAUGCGAUCGUGAUAGAGACAGGCUGCUUUAUCGUACAGCUGGGCAGGUUUCCUCAUCGUGGAAAGUCGAUGAUCCAGGUCCGCUUUGCGCAGGAAGUGAAUGUGCCGGUUUUCACGACAGGGAUUGACUGUGAGUGGGUACCGUACAUAGUGGUGGCAGGUCUGCUGCACUUCGGGGACUCUCCAAACUCCGGGCAUUAUCGCGCGGUGCUGAGAGAGCAAGAAGAUUGGUGGAUAACAGAUGAUGGGGCGGCAAUGACAGCGGAGCUCGAGGUUCCCAUGGAACAGGAGGAGGAGCUACGCAUCUGGGCGGCCUUCAAGCAAGCGGCACCGCAGACCGCGGAAUCUUUGGCCCUCGAGGUGGAUCGCUCUGCCAAGUUCCACAAGCCGGAAGGCAAAGGGGAUUCGAAGGGACCCGAUGCCAAGAUGACGGAUGAAAAGGAAGCGGAGAACAAUCCUGGUUCCAGCCAGGGUUCCCGGGGCAGGCAAUCAAAUGGCCAGGGCUCCAAGGGCUAUGGGCAGCAGGGUGGAUAUCAGCGCUCGCGAAACCAAAACAGCUGGGGCUCCGGACGCUGGAGCAACUGGAAAAAGGACGAUGAGGAUGAAGCCAUCGCCAUGCUCAAGACUUUGGUUGGACAGCUGGCCAGGCUACGCUUGAGGCAUGAGGACUCCAUUAACAUGUGGAGGGCUGAAAGCUCGUUCGUGCUGUUCGUUCGCACUGGCAUUCCGGGCAGUCUUGUGCCAUCCUUGUUUGCUGCGAAAACCGAACGGCAGAAGCUCAAGGAGGAACAGCCGGAGAAGGUCAAACGACCCAUGAGGAACAUGCUGUUCAGCUGCCUCUUGAAGGAGAUGUUUGACAGAUUGCAGCUGCUUCGGGGCGACACCGAGCGCCGGGGAUCAAUGGAAAGGCUGGGGUGGCUGAAGGGCGAGGACUUCCAGCGCCUCCGCUGGGAUUCCAAGUUGAAGAAGAAUGUCAAGGACGAGGAGUCCUCCGUGAUUUCGUACGAGGAUGUUAUGACGAUUUUACAGUCGAUGCUGACUCGAUGCAACACGGUGGAGGCUCUGCUUAGAUUCCAUCCCACCAGGCCGAUCACGGAGCAGAUGCAGGAGGGCACUGUGGCGUUCUUGCUGCAGUUCUCGCUGCAAAAUGACAAUGGAUUGCAGCUCUAUGCGGACAUGAAUCAGCUGUGCCACUGUGGCUCCACGAUGGUCUGUGGAAUCGAGGUGAAAAGGGAGCGUAGCUCUCGCAGUCAGCUGGCCAACCAGAUCAGCCGCCUGUUAAACUCCCUCGAGAAGUAA